AUGUAUCCCGGCAGGAGCCCGUCAAACAUGUCCCCAGAAGACGUCCGAACUCUAUGCGACCUUGCCGGCCGGUACGGCUCCGGAAGCUUGGAAACCACACUCCGGAACAUAAGCGGCAGCAACUACACAUCCCUCCGCCCUCCGCCUCCUCAGCACCACCACCGAAACCCUCACCACAUGGACGCGCCGGCGAGGAACUCGGCCCUCUCCACGUCCACCUUUGGCAGUAACAACAGCGCGCCCUCCCUCACAAACAGCGCCGGCCCUUGGAGCAGCUCAGACGCGUCCUUCUGCGGCUCCGACGCCGCCUCUGUGUCGGGAAGCUACUUCAGCCAGCAGCCCGGCGGUGCCGUCUCCGCUGCCACCUGGGCCGACGCCGUGGACGCUCCGUUCCUGAUGUCGCCCUCGGUGACACCCUCACUCUCCGGCUCCGAGUGGCAAGAUCACCACAUCAACGAUCACCACCCUUCCUCCACAACACCGUCACGCGAGAAAAAGGCAGCAGCCAGCAUGAAGUCACCGUCCUCGGGUGCCGUCGCGGGCCGCAAGCCCAUCGAGUGUCCCAUGUGCGCCGUCCACGACGUCUACGUCGGCUUCGGCAGGAAAAGCGACUUCAAGAAGCACCUCCAAAACUUCCACAACACCGACUGCAUCUGGGUCUGCCCGCAGGACAACUGCCGCAUGAUCUUUGACUUUGAAAAGGCCUACAUCGCCCACGUCAAGCUGGACCACCACCAGGGCGAGGCAGCAUACCCGCCCGCGGCGGCGGUGGCGGCAGCAGAACAGGUCAAGGUCAGCCUCUGCGCGCAAGUCGUCUUCGCUUGCGGCUUCAUCGGCUGCAAAGAGGUCUUUGAGGCCUCGGACGACAGCGAGGCCCCCAAGACGGCCGACGCCUACUUUGACCACCUUGCCAGCCACUUUGACAAGCGCAGCAGCACCAUCAACGCCAACAGCAGCAGCUAUACCCUCGGCGUCUCGUCAGAGUGGACAUACUACCACCAGAUGCAGAACCUCCUCCGCCAACGCUCCCUCAAAGACGAGUGGAAGCAUAUGCUCUGGGACAAAGCCGCCCGCAACCAACUCCGCUGGCAACCCCGUUCUUCGGGCGACUUCAAAAAGAUCCUCGAGUGCCGCCAUCUCGCCGAUGUACCUCGCAUCCUCCACGCCGCCUGGACGCUUGGCCAGACCUGCUUCUCCUCCCCCGAGCACCCAGCACCCGAUUUCCCCGGCGAAGCAACGCGGCCCGUCCGGUCCCGCUGCCCUCUCGCAGGCGAGGGGAGGAACCACGGCGAGCUCCGUGAUGUUCAACCGCCGUCGGCAAUGACCAUGUUCGCCCUCCGCCGCAGCCUCUUUCCCGUCAAGCUCGCCACCGUUUCGCACCCGCCGUCGCGCUCGAUUCCCGAGGAGCCGGAUUCCCUGGCCUACCCGCACCCAGGCACCCCUCUCGUCAUCCCCGAGCGCGAUGCCUGGUCUACGGACGUCGUGCUGGGGCCGCCCGAGGAUGAGCAGCUCUUCGAGCCCAUGUUCAUGCCAGGCAGCGGGGCAACGACGAAUAUGCUGCAGAACCCCAUCUCUCCCUGGAUCGAUGCCACGUCUCAACAGCACCAGCAGCGACGGUCUUUCGGCGACUUUUCCUGUCAUCUCACACCCUCGCCGCAACCUACCGAAGACCAGGAGAGCAGCUUUGGCCCGUUGCUUCAGAUUCCUCAGCACACCUCCACCGCCGCCGCCGCCGCCUCGAAACGUCCCCGCUCGUGGGGCAUGAGGAGCCUCGAGAACCUGCGCCUCAAGCGUCGUGGGCGUUCGUCGCCUGUCACGUCACCGGUCGAGGAGAAGGCCUUGCCUGGGUGGAUCUGA